GUAGGUCGUGGUUUUGUGAUGGCAGGCGUUGUAGUACACGGUAGAAGCUGAUGCUAUUACGCGCGAUAGGGCGGUAUGUUAUUUCGCGACUAGUUCUUUUUCUUUCCGUUGAACACUCAAUAAUUCGACGUAUGAACAUACAUUUCGUAACUGUGGCGAAAUAAAGCCUAUGCACUUGUAGCCAUGUGGCCAUACACCAUAGGCGUACGCCGUUAGCGCGACUGUCGUGAUCCUCGUGACAAUAUUCUUUAACAGGCAUCAGGAAGCACCGGAAGUAAUGGAGCCGACAACAAUACGAGAUUUGAAGCCAGGGAUGAAAAACCUCAGUAUUAUAUUCAUCGUCUUGGAAAUAGGGCGGCCAAACAUGACCAAAGAAGGCCAUGAAGUUCGGACGUGCAGGGUGGCUGACCGAUCAGGAUCGAUUAAUGUCUCUGUUUGGGAUGAACCGGGCACAUGUAUCCAGCAGGGUGACAUUUGCAAGCUUACCAAGGGAUAUGCUUCGCUUUGGAAAGGCUGCCUUACUUUGUAUACCGGAAAAGGUGGUGACAUUCAGAAGAUCGGAGAGUUUUGCUUGCCCUUCAGUGAAACACCAUUUAUGAGUGAACCUAACCCGGAAUUCAUGCAGCAGUUGCAGGCCAAAUUGAAUGCCAACGUGGACCAGCGGCGGUCACCGACUUCGCAGGUGGUCGGGGCCAGUGGUGACUCCUUAGGUGCUGCAGCCCUGCCCACACCAGCUCCAGGGUGCAGUCCGGUGCCGGCACGUGUGUCACUGGCUCAGCUCUGACACUCGGGCACGGGGAGGACCUCUCAGCGCCUCGUAUAGUCUGUACACUUCUUGUGGCUUCUACUCCACGGCCACACCUUUCCCUCCUUGAUAUCGUACCCUGCCCCAAGUCCCUGCACUUGUAAUGUGCUAG